GGUAGACGCUUAACUUACGUCUUCAUCUCUCUCACAUUCUCAGUCUCGUCUUCAAGACAUCUUUCAAUAUGGCUCUACGAGUUGCACAAGUCUGCGGCAUCUGGUUCUGGCUCGCCUUCGCCUUCUUCCUCUUCGUCAUCUUCCACCAAUCUGAUCUCGUGCUCCCCACCCCCACCCACACCCCCAACCUCGACUCACCCUCUCCAUCCACUCGCACCCCCCUCACCACCCAACAACGCAUCUCGCGCUCCGAAUCCGCCUGGCGCACCUCCGUCUCGCUCCGCCACGAAAUGUCCUCCCACCACCCCAAAUAUCCACACAUCCCAUUCUUCCCCGCCCAAAAACUCUCCGACUUUGCCAAAACCCCCUACACGCUCUGGGACUUCUUCCCCGCCACCUGGACCUGUCCGCACGACAUCCAGCGCGUGGGGCGUCUGGGCGAUGGCGGAAAAUGGGUUUGCGGCAUGAGUCUCUACGAGAAGCAUCACUCUCCAUCGCCCUCCACCAGCUCCGCGCAAACCGCACAACCAGCCGAUCCCGAACCCGGCAUAACCAUCUACAGUUUCGGCGUCAACGACGAAUCCACCUUCGAAGCCGAGAUGCUGACUCGCAUCCCCCUGGCCCAAAUCUACGCCUACGAUUUCUCCGUCACGAAAUUCGGCCCGCAGCUCUCCUCAUCCCACGCCUCGCGCGCGCACUUCCACAAAUACGGAUUAGGCGCGAAAGAUAUCCCCUCGCGAACACCUCCCUUCUACACGCUGCAAACGCUCAUGAAGCAGAAUAGCCAUUCCUACAUCGACAUACUGAAGAUUGAUAUCGAGGGUUCGGAGUACACGGCGCUGGAUUCGUUUAUGGAUUUCCAUGACAAGGAGAGGGGUGGGAGUGGGAAGUUACCGGUGGGUCAGGUGAUGAUCGAGUUGCAUUUGGUGGAUGAUGAACAUGUGCAUUUCGAACGCUUUACGAAGUGGUGGGAGCGUUUGGAGGAAUUCGGCAUGAGACCUACGUGGUUCGAGACGAAUUUGUUGGCCGUGACGCUGGGAGAGGGAAAGACGGAUCCUAGGUGUGUGGAGUAUGUGUGGGUUAAUGUAAACGAUGAGAGGAGUAUUUUGUUGGGAGAGUAAAGUUUGGAUCUUGGGGGUGUAAGAAUGAUCCAAAGAUCUAUAUUUUCUUAUUUUCUGGUGUGGGCAUCUGUCCCUGAUUUGAGAUUUGGUUAAGGCGGUUUGUUUUGGACUCUUGGUACAUAUGGGUAUGGAAAUAAGUUUGAAUGACUGAUCA